AUGGCGGGCGUAGCCACCGCGUAUUCGACAGAUGCCCUGACCUCAUCGGGAGGCGUGGAUAGUGAGAAGUGGGAGUUUGCGGUGCCGCUGUCUACUGAUGGCACCCAGCAUUCCUCGAGAACCCGAACCUCCCACGAUUCAAGCUCCGCCCUUGCGAGAUCCAAAAACCGCAACUCCAAUGGCUCGCGCAGCUCUUCCAUCUCUCGAACCGUACAGUCCCACGACGCUCCUUACUUGAACUCGAAUCGCGGACGACGGGAUCCUAGCCUCAACCGACAUGGAAGUGACAUCGGCAGCGCCCGAGACAGCUCCGGGCCGGAGUCAACUGCCCGCAAAGAGCACGUGGAAUCCCAAGAUGGAAUUGGGUUCCAACCGGAACAGAUUAGCGAGAAUUGGAUUCAUCGUGACAAAUUGGCGAAAAUCGAGAGCGAGGAGCUGCAGCAAGCCGCCAUACUCUUCAACCGACGGAUGAGAGCAGAGAGUAAGUCGAGCGCAGGACGGGGCAGAAGUCACGAUUCUCAUCCAGGUGCUGCCAAUGGGCCCGCUUCACAAACUUCGCCCACCGUCGAGCAUUCUGAGCCCUGGCCUGAGCUACGGGAGGAAUCUAGAAAGGGGUUCGGCGGAAAAGAAGUCGACGACGAACGGAAACACUGGGACCUCCGCCGACCCGAGGAAAUCGCUGCAGAUGAAGCUGCAGCGGGCAUGUACAGCAACCCCGGCCUUCGAAAGAGCUCCUCGAGAAUCCCUAUUUCGACCACUAGCCCCGUACCACUCAUAACAGGCCGCGAUUCUCGCGGAGCUCGCAGCCGCGCGGCAACCGAUGAACGCGACGACGACGAAUAUGGCCGAGGCCGCAGAGCUAGUGAGCCUACUACGAUUGAGCCGGAGGAUUUUACUCCUUCGACGGGAAGUCGCCCGGGAAGCCGUGGGUUCAGCAAUACUACCCAGAAUACCCCAGCGAAGAAAACUCCACCCAAAGCUUCUGGCUCUGCCGGCCCUCCUGGCUCGACCAACCGAAAGACUUCUGCACCACCUACAAACAGAAAGACUUCAACUGCGAGGACGCGCGCUGUUUCUGGGAAUACUUCGCAGCGUCCAGUCACUCGCGGUGGAGAGGCCCGACCCCCGACAGCAAUCAACCGGCCAGAGGGCGAUCCACCAUGGUUGGCGACAAUGUACAAGCCUGACCCCCGCCUGCCACCAGACCAGCAGAUGCUUCCGACUCUCGCCAGGAAGAUGCAACAAGAGCAAUGGGAGAAGGAGGGCCGUGCUCCAACUACCUACGACCGGAACUUUGCUCCUCUUGCCGUCCACCCCGACGAUGCACCUCCAGUCCCGCUGAAGAAUGAGGAGCCGGCUGCAGAAGAAAAGGUGGAUGAGAAGGUGGAGGAGCCACUGAGGCCGAUCAAGAGUCCCGAACCGCCACGACCAAACACGAGCACUGGAUACAGCACCAUGCCGAAGGUGCAGGACACCCCGCCAAUGGGCCUGACACCCAAUCCCAACUGGAACCCGCCGGUGGUGACUGCACAGGAUCCGCCGAAGACGGAGAAGGGAUGCGGGUGUUGCAUUGUGAUGUGA